AUGGCUGAUCCCAUAUCCAUCACAGGCCUGAUCGUGGACGUCAGCCACAUAAUAGCCCGUCUGAUCAAGUACGCCAAAGCAGUACAAGGGGCAAGAGCCGAAAUGCGAAAACUAAGCGAAGAACUGUUUGGCUUGAGGGGUAUUCUUGACCAUUUACAAACACAGUCUUCAUCAUAUAUCCCCAAGGUCCAACAUAUCGAGUCAGAGGGCUCAACUCCCUUCAACGAAGAUAUCAUGGAAAGGGUUCUCCAUACAACGAAAGAAUUCCUUGAUUCCCUCCUGAGAGAUCUGGAGCCGGCUGAAAGUAAGCUGAAAAGCUUGAAACAGAAGCUUGAGUGGCCUUUUACGGAGGCAAAAAUCAAUGCUCAUCUUACUCGUUUGGAAAGAGUAAAGUCUUGGUUGAUACUGGUUCUUACUGCAGAUCAUGCUGCGGUGGAGCGGGAUAUGCAGCGGGAAAUUGGGAGCCUGGCCAGAUCUUUGACUGAGGAUUUGAAGAUAAGAGAGCAGGAAAGAAACCAAAUGGCUAAUAAAGAGCUUUUUCAAUGGAUGGCUCCGGUGAGUCCGGCCAAUUCGCACCUGCGAGCGAGUGAGGGACAUGAUAUUGCAUCUGGAAAAUGGUUUAUUGGUGGUCAUCUUAAGCAUUGGCUGCGGCAUGGGGAUAGGAACAUCUUCUUCCUUGUGGGAAAAUUAGCUGGGACCGGAAAGACAACCUUAUUUGCUCAGUGUGUCGAUGAACUUGUGUCAAUGGCUUCGCAAGAUUCAACUUUUAGCUUUGCAUACUUCUACUGCACCAUGAGUAACUCGGCCUCUCAGAUCCCCGUUCACGUGUUGGGAUCAUUGGUGGCUCAGCUUUCGGGAGAAGAUGCUUCCAUACUCGACAACAUCCGACCAAUUUACAACGAUAUCCCCAAAUCUCAGGCUCACAAGCGUACCAUUGAGAUCACUGUUCUGGAAGAUGCAAUCAUCAAACAUGCCUCUGGCAAGACGAAUGUUGUCAUUCUAGUGGAUGCUAUCAAUGAAAGCCACGACACAAGACGUAUCGAAAUUUCUCUUUUGAGACUUGCCAAUCUGGCCCCAAAUAUUCGCAUUGUAGUAACGACUACAUCGACGAUGGUGGCCCGACGAGACGCCGAAAUGCUGAAUAUCAGCGCGCAAAUGAUGUCGGGUGACAUAAAAGCCUAUAUAAAUCACCGACUGGAGUCCAAUGUAGCAUUGAUGGACCGGAAACCCGAGUUCAAAGCUGAAAUCCAGAAGACUUUGUCGGAUAACGCUAAUGGAUCGUUCCGCUGGGUGCAGCUUUCAAUGGACAACCUAUGCACCCAGAGAACAACAAGGUCAAUGCGCGAAGCACUCCGAAACCUACCUGGAACGCUUCGCGAAAUGUACGCGAAAACCUUAGAUCAGGUAUCUGCCGAGGACAGACCCUUUGUUCGGGAGGCGCUUUUCUGGACCAGUUUUGCACAAGACCACGUCUUCAUGAGCGAAAUGCUCACCCUGGACGUCCUCAACGAAGUGGUUGUUCUUGAUGAAGAGUGCACAACGCUAGACGAAGACAUGAUGCUAGUCCCGGCACAAAUUCUUCUCGAUAUCUGCCAGGGCCUCAUCACCCGUGAUCAAUCUGGUUAUGUCGCUCUGGCCCAUUCAUCAAUCAAGGACUUCCUGACGUCCGACUGGAUCAAGUCUUCACGAGUCAGCUAUUUCAGCAUGGACCCUGCCACUGCGAACACCAUCAUAAUGCGAAAGUGCAUCACAUAUCUAUGUCUCGACAAUUUCAAAGACGGAUACACAAGCAAAGGGCAGAUAGCUCGGCGUUCAAGAACGUACAAAGCCCUCCCAUAUGCUACAUACAUGUGGCCCAAAUACGCUGCGGCUGCUGAGCUGGGAGAUGCAGAGCGGAGCCUGGUGCAGAAGUUCUUCGAUACGAGACAUCUUCCUCGCCAGGGAAACUUUGGUGCCUGGAUGCAGGUUCUGAUGCCAUCGGUGCAAUUUUCAAUAAUUGAAAAGACGCACCCUUUAUAUUAUGCAAGUUCUUAUGGCUUGACUUCUGUUGUCAAGAUGAUCCUCGAAUUCGAUAAGGAUCUGGACAUUAAUGCCCCGGGAGGUCGGGUCGGUGCCACGGCUGUCUUCGCCGCCAGUAACCGUCAAAAUUUUGAUACUGUGGACGUGCUUUUGAAAGCAGGUGCCGAUCCUAGGAUUUUGGAUCCAGGAACUGGUUGGAAUGUUUUCAACCUGUCCCAAAUGUCAAAAUGGUCUGGUCUUCGGGCUCCUCUAAAUCAGUGGCUUUUGGGGCAAAAGAUGGAAGUGCAACAGAAGUAUCGAACCAAAUAUGGGCUGUAA